AUGGAGAGCAGUAGCUCAGCCCUGGAGGGCUGCUUAGCCAGGGCUGAGUGGGAGCUGAUGCUUGAGCAGGGCAUGAGGAAGAGGGUGGAGAGCUGGAUGGAGGAGUUGCCGUCGCUGGAACCACAAGUGGUCAAAGGAACAGGAGGAGACGCACUGAACCUGAUCCACUUGCCGGCUACCAGCAACGUGGCAGAGAACUCUCCACCUGCGACUCUGGUGCACAAGUUUUCUGUGAACUUGUCAGUAUCACUGUCACCCGUGAUCCCAGGAUUUCCCCUGAUAAUCAACUCAAGUCCCUUCACUGAAGCCUUCAGAGUGAACAGGCUGUCAGGCACUGACUUCGAGGUUGUCACCGCUGGGGAAGAACUAGAUUUUGAAACAGGACCACAAAUAUUUGAUUUGCAGAUUUAUGUUAAGGAUGAGGUGGGUGUCACAGACCUGCAGGUCCUGACUGUUCAGGUGACAGAUGUGAAUGAGCCGCCUCAGUUUCAAGGCAACUUGGCAGGAGGCUUAGAACUCUAUAUAACAGAACGAGAAAACCCUGGAUUCAUUUACCAGGUUGAAGCCUUUGAUCCAGAAGAUACGAGACGGAACAUAGCUCUCAGCUAUUUCUUGAUUUCUCCCUCAAAGAACUUCGGAAUGUCUGCUAAUGGCACCCUCUUCUCCACAACAGAGUUGGACUUUGAAGCGGGUGACAAAAGCUUCCAACUUGUCGUGGGAGUGCAGGAUAGCAGAGGUCUCAAAGCCUCCACGGUGCUUCAGGUGACUGUUGUGAACAUCAAUGAUGAGAUCCCUCGCUUCACCAGUGCAAGGAAAGUGUACUCCAUUCCUGAGGAACUGGGUCCAGGCACCAUUGUGGCCAAUGUCACGGCAGAGGAUCCUGAUGAUGGGGGCUUGCCCGGCCGCCUCCUCUACAGCAUCACUACUGCUAGCAACUAUUUUGUGAUGAACCAGUUGACUGGUACAAUCCAAGUGGCCCAGCGGAUAGACCGAGAUGCGGGUGAAUUAAGACUAAAUCCCACCAUUUCUCUGGAAGUGCUGGUGAAGGACAGACCCUCUGGGGGUCAGGAGAAUCGCAUCCAGAUAACCUUCAUCGUGGAAGACAUCAACGACAACCCUGCUAUGUGUAAAAAGCUCACCUUCAGCAUUAUGGUGACUGAAAGUGCAGCCAACGGGACGUUGCUUCUGGACCUGAACAAGUUCUGCUUUGAUAAUGACAGUGAAGCACCAAACAAUGAAUUCAACUUCACCACGCCAUCUGGAAUGGGGAGCAGCCACAGAUUUUCACAGGAUCCAGCUGGCUCUGGGAAAAUUGUGUUGAUUGGUGACCUGGAUUAUGAAAAUCCAAGUAACCUAGCAGACGGCAAUAAGUACACUGUGAUAAUCCAGGUGCAAGAUGCUGCUCCUCCUUACUACAAGAAUAAUAUCUACAUUUCUAUCCUAACAAGCCCAGAAAAUGAAUUUCCUCUCCUCUUUGCUAGCCCGUCAUAUGUAUUUAAUGUGUCAGAAAGAAGACCAGCCAGAACCCGAGUUGGACAGGUUCGAGCAGCUGAUAAAGACUUCCCCCAGAGCAGCGUUGUGUACUCCAUUUCCACUGGGGGGGCCAGCCUCCAGUACCCAAACAUAUUUUGGAUUAAUCCCAAGACCGGAGAACUCCAGCUUGUAACUAAAGCAGACUAUGAAACAACCCCCAUAUACGUUCUCAGAAUCCAGGCCACCAAUGGCGAAGACUGGAGCUCAGUCACUGUUACUGUGAACAUCCUCGGAGAAAAUGAUGAAAAGCCAGUAUGUACCCCAAACUCUUAUUUUCUGGCCAUACCAGUGGAUCUGAAAGUUGGCACAAAUAUUCAGAAUUUCAAACUGACCUGUACUGACCUUGAUUCCAGCCCCAGAUCUUUUCGUUACUCCAUUGGCCCAGGGAACAUCAACAAUCAUUUCAUCUUCUCUCCCAAUGCUGGCUCCAACAUCACACGUCUGCUACUUGCAUCCCGCUUUGACUAUGCUGGUGGCCUUGAUAAGAUCUGGGACUACAAACUACUUGUCUACAUAACUGAUGACAACUUGCUGUCUGGCAGGAUGAAAUCUAAGGCUUUUGUUGAAACAGGGACAGUGACUCUGAGUAUCAAAGUCAUUCCCUACCCAACCACGAUUGUCACCACUGCUCCUCCCAGAAUCACCUACCAGAUUCUCAGGGAAAAUGUCUAUUCCUCAUCUGCGUGGUAUGUGCCUUUUGUCAUCACUGUGGGUGCCAUUUUGCUUCUGGGCCUCCUGGUAUCUCUGACCAUCCUGUUGGCCAAAGCCAACCACAGAUGCUGCCCCGGCAAGACUGGGAAGGACAAGAAACCUCUGACCUCCAAAGCCGACAUGAAGGAUAUGAAGCGAGAGGCUGCGGUGGAAACGAUCCAGAUGAACACUGUCUUUGAUGGAGAAGUUGUAGACCCAGUGACCGGAGAAAUAUAUGAAUUCAACUCCAAGACGGGAGCCAGAAAGUGGAAAGAUCCACUAACCCAAAUGCCAAAAUUGACUGAGCCCAGUCCCCAGGGACCUGCAGCUGGCCCACAAAGAAUUGUUGCUGGUGAAGGGCCUGGGCCACUAAGGAGAACCCACAAGGAAGGAAAUGGAUCAAGUGGUCCAGUGCUGGCAGAAGAUGGAGGCCGGGUUUCCAGAAGUGAGGGUGGCAAGCUGGGCACCUCAAAGAACAGAAACCCAGCCCUCACAAGCAGGAUGUCCUCCAAACCACACGCAGGAAAAUAA